AUGUCUGCAGCGGCAACGGCCAUGCCACAUGCAGCUUUGGAGAAAGAUUCCGCUUUCGAGUCUCUUCUAAAACCUGUCUACAAGGGUAAAAAGCUUACUGAUGAGAUCAACACUGCAGAAGACAAAUGGAACCUUCUGCCGGCUUUUUUGAAAGUGAAGGGGCUGGUCAAACAGCAUUUGGACUCGUUCAACUACUUUGUGGAUGUUGACCUGAAAAAGAUUAUCAAGGCAAACGAAUUGAUUCUCAGCGAUGUGGAUCCGGAAUUUUACCUGAAAUAUGUGGAUAUCAGAGUGGGCCACAAGUCUAGUUCGUCAACUAAGGACUACAUUGUUCCUCCUCACGAGUGUAGACUAAGAGACAUGACGUAUUCGGCUCCUGUGUAUGUGGACAUUGAGUAUACCAGAGGAAGAAACAUCAUCAUGCAUAGAGACGUGGAAAUAGGCAAAAUGCCAAUUAUGCUGCGCUCUAACAAAUGUAUCCUAAAUGGCGCAUCCGAAAGUCAAAUGGCCAAGGUCAACGAGUGUCCCCUCGAUCCUGGUGGCUAUUUCAUCGUCAAUGGUACAGAAAAGGUGAUUUUGAUUCAGGAACAAUUGUCGAAGAAUCGUAUCAUUGUGGAAGCAGACGAAAAAAAGGGUAUUGUACAGGCCUCUGUUACAUCGUCCACACACGAAAGAAAAUCUAAAACAUACGUCAUCACCAAAAAUGAAAAGAUCUACUUGAAGCACAAUUCGAUCGCAGAAGAAGUGCCCAUUGUACUUGUGCUUAAAGCUUGUGGCAUUGUGUCUGACCUCGAAAUCAUGCAACUCGUCUGUGGUAACGACAGUAGCUACCAAGAUAUCUUUGCCAUCAACCUGGAAGAGGUGGCAAAAAUGAAGAUCUACACACAGCAGCAGGCGCUCGAGUACAUCGGCUCUAAAGUCAAGACAGUCAGACGUCAAAAGUUGACUACGCUACAGGAGGGUAUUGAGGCCAUUGCAACUACUGUGAUUGCACAUUUGACGGUCGAGGCCCUGGAUUUUAGAGAAAAAGCUCUAUAUAUCGCAGUCAUGACGAGAAGGGUAGUAAUGGCAUUGCAUAAUCCCAAGAUGAUCGAUGAUAGAGAUUACGUGGGUAAUAAGAGACUGGAACUGGCCGGACAGCUAAUGUCUCUACUUUUUGAGGAUUUGUUCAAGAAAUUUAACAACGACUUCAAGGCUAAUAUCGACAAAGUUCUUAAGAAACCAAACAGGGCUAUGGAAUAUGAUGCACUUCUCUCCAUCAAUGUUCACUCUAAUAAUAUCACAACUGGUUUAAACAGAGCCAUCUCCACGGGUAACUGGUCUUUGAAAAGAUUUAAAAUGGAAAGGGCUGGUGUCACACACGUCCUCAGUAGACUUUCUUACAUUUCUGCGCUUGGGAUGAUGACAAGAAUUUCUUCACAAUUUGAAAAAUCGCGUAAGGUGUCAGGGCCAAGAGCCUUACAGCCAUCUCAAUUUGGUAUGUUGUGUACUUCUGAUACUCCGGAAGGUGAGGCCUGUGGUUUGGUGAAAAACCUCGCCCUCAUGACACAUAUUACAACUGACGACGAAGAGGAACCCAUCAAAAAUCUCUGCUAUUUGCUUGGUGUGGAAGAUAUCACUGUAGUUGACAGUGAUACUCUACACCUCAACUACUGCGUUUAUUUAAAUGGUACCAUUGUUGGUAUCAUACGUUUUCCAACAAAAUUCGUAUCUCGCUUCAGAAGCUUGAGGAGAGGAGGAAGGCUUUCCGAUUUUGUGUCCAUUUACACUAACUCCCAUCAAAAGGCAGUACACAUUGCCACAGAUGGUGGAAGAGUGUGUCGCCCAUUGAUUAUAGUCUCUGAUGGAAAUUCGCGUGUGCAAGCAGAGCACUUGGCAAAAUUGCUGGACGGAAAGCUACAGUUUGAUGAUUUUCUCAGACUUGGACUGGUUGAGUAUCUCGAUGUAAACGAAGAAAACGACUCCUUCAUUGCACUAUAUGAGAAAGAUAUCGAGCCUAGAAUAACUCAUUUGGAAAUUGAGCCUUUCACCGUUUUAGGUGCCGUUGCUGGUUUAAUUCCAUACCCUCACCAUAACCAGUCACCUCGUAAUACUUACCAAUGUGCUAUGGGUAAGCAAGCCAUCGGUGCAAUUGCUUACAACCAGUUUAAACGAAUCGAUACUUUGCUGUACCUCAUGAUAUAUCCACAACAGCCUAUGGUAAAGACUAAAACAAUCGAACUCAUCGACUAUGACAAAAUUCCUGCUGGUCAAAAUGCCACUGUAGCGGUCAUGUCUUAUUCGGGUUAUGAUAUUGAGGAUGCUUUGGUUCUUAACAAGGCUUCUAUUGAUAGAGGCUUCGGGCGGUGUGAAACAAGAAGAAAACUCACCACUGUGCUAAAGAGGUACCCAAACCACACCCAAGAUAUGGUUGGUGGUAUGAGAGUUGACGAAAAUGGUGAGCCGAUUUGGCAGCAUAAGGCUCUUGGCCCCGAUGGUCUCGGUGAGGUAGGCAUGAAGGUGGAGAGCGGUCAGAUCUAUGUUAAUAAAUCUGUGCCCACAAACGCCUCUGAUAGUGUUUUGAAUCAAACACAGGCUCAGUAUAGAGAGACACCAGUGGUGUACAGAGCCCCCGAACCAUCUCAUAUCGACCAGGUGAUGAUGUCUGUUUCUGAAAAUGAUCAAGCCUUGAUCAAAGUCCUUCUACGACAAAACAGGAGACCUGAAUUGGGUGACAAAUUCUCUUCUAGACACGGACAAAAAGGUGUCUGUGGUAUCAUUAUUAACCAAGAAGACCUACCGUUCAAUGACCAAGGUGUGGUACCGGACAUUAUUAUGAAUCCUCAUGGUUUCCCCUCUCGUAUGACUGUUGGAAAAAUGAAAGAGUUGGUUUCCGGUAAGGCUGGAGUUUUAAAUGGGUCUCUGGAAUACGGUACGUGUUUUGGUGGCUCCAAGCUUGAGGACAUGACAGGAAUCCUAGUACAAAACGGCUUCAACUAUUCAGGAAAAGAUAUGCUGUACUCUGGUAUUACAGGAGAGUGUUUGCAAGCGUACAUUUUCUUUGGUCCUAUUUACUAUCAAAAACUGAAGCAUAUGGUCCUGGAUAAGAUGCAUGCUAGAGCCCGAGGUCCGAGAGCGGUCCUCACUCGUCAACCUACGGAAGGUAGAUCUAGAGAUGGUGGUCUUAGACUGGGUGAGAUGGAAAGGGAUUGUGUUAUUGCAUACGGUGCAUCCCAACUGCUUCUAGAAAGACUAAUGAUAAGUUCAGAUGCGUUUGAAGUCGAUGUUUGUAAUCAUUGUGGUCUGAUGGGCUACAGUGGAUGGUGCACCACAUGCAAAAGUGCCGAGCAUAUCAUCAAGAUGACUAUUCCUUAUGCCGCCAAGCUAUUAUUCCAAGAGCUUCUGUCGAUGAACAUCGCGCCUCGCUUGAAACUCGAAGACGUUUUUGAGCAAUAG